AUGGACGGGUUCCAGGCGUACGGGGCAGGGAAGGCAGGUGGAGCGUUUGACCCCCUGACCUUCAUCAGACAGCCUCAGACCGCCGUGAGGAUCACCUGCUGGCUCUUCUCCGUCGUGGUGCUCGGCUGCGUCUCUAACGAGGGUUACAUCAACCGUCCGGCGGAGGUCGAGGAGUUCUGCAUUUUCAACCGCAACCCGGUGGCCUGCAGCUACGCUGUCGCCGUGGCAACGCUCUGCUUCCUCUGCAGCACAGCGUUCCUGGCGCUUGACAUUUACUUCCCUCAGAUCAGCAGUGUGAAGGACAGGAAGAAGGCUGUCAUGGCCGACAUCGUCGUGUCAGGUCUCUGGUGUCCGGUCUGGUUCGUGGGUUUCUGUUUUCUGGCCAAUCAGUGGCAGGUUUCUAAAGAAGAAGACAACCCUCUGAACGAAGGCGCCGACGCCGCCAGAGCCGUGAUCGUCUUCUCCUUCUUCUCCAUUUUCACCUGGGGAGGUCUCACUCUGCUGUCGCUGGAGCGUCUGAAGAGAGUUUCAUUUGAAGAAGAAUACAACAAACUGUUCAGUCCUCCACUGGUGCUGCAGUGUCUCCUGGCGGUCUACAGGUUCAGACUGGGAUCGGACUCUGUGACUCUCAGUCCAGACUACGUGGAUCCGGACCAGCAGGACGCGCUGGAAGAGGCCCCGCCCACUGAUGAGUAG